ACGGUAAAAAACUUGCUUAAAGCUGGACAUUAGGGUCAUCUUAUCUACCUCCACAAACACCUUGUCAUUACGUAAAGACAUACAAGCCCAUGUACCUGAUGAUUUUUAUGUAUAACUUAAAAUUAUUAAAAAAUUCCAAAAAAUGUAUCACCAUAUAUCAAUAUUGGCACCUGUGUAUCGCGAUGUUUUUUGUAUCGUCAAAUUCAUGCCAAUGCACAGCCCUACUCCCUUCUGGUCUCGGCAUGAGUUUUGUCCAACAACAAGGUCCACCAGUCAUAAACUACAACAGCGCCUUACUGCCAAGCCCAAGUUACUUUCCAGAGCUGCCCAUGCUUACUACCUCAUUUUGUCUUCUUGCUCUGAUUGGCCGUUGAAUGUUGCAGACAGAUCUUUUUGUCCAAUCACCUUCUGAGAAUUUUUUGAAACAUCCUGCCCAUCCCAAACACUUUGUAUGAGAAGUUUUCCAGAUGAAUUGUAUCCAUGUGGAUAUAUGAGACCGUCCAUCUGGCAUGUCAGGUUAGCUUCUUUGCUCUGUUCCCAGUGAAUCCAAAAGUCAUGGAGGCUGAAGCAGGCCUGUGUAAAUGAUUAACUAAUCUGUUUUUGGCCUGUGAAGUCCUCAUCUCUUCCUGGGUAUAGCAGUGUUUCAAACACCAGUUCUUCUUCUGUGUGGCUGUCCGGGGCUACAAAGAUAAAAUGCACAUCAUAAUAAGGAGCUGUGUCCUGUUUCUAUGGAUUAAGGCACUGACAUUCGUGAAAAGUCAAGAGAUCAAAUGUUCAGUACCAGAAAUUGAACAUGGUAAUGUAACUGGAGAAAUCCGGGACUAUAAAGAAGAUGAAAUCCUUCAUUUUGAAUGUGAUGGGAGAUACAAAAAGCAGGCUGACAGACCGUCUAAGUGUAUAAAGACAGGAACUUCAGCAGAGUUCAGUCCUGCACCAGUGUGUGAGCCAACAAAGUGUAAGCUGUCACUGAGCCAUCUCACAGGAACCACAUAUGACACUACCAAAAAAAUAUUUUUACCUGACGAGACAGUUGGAGUCACGUGUAAUGAUACAUACUGGAUUUCUACACCUCAGACCACUUCAAUAGUAUCUACAUGCACUGAGAGUGGAGAAUGGGAUAUCCUGCCUGUGUGCCAAGAGGCGACAUGCAGUGUUGAAGGAGACAUGCUUGUGUAUCACUGGAGCACCGACUGGACAAAAGUCAUAAGACUGGGUGACACAGUAGGUUAUCAGUGUAGGAGAGGAUACAGGUCGACAUUUGCCAAGGCCAGAUGCACCAGAGAUGGAUGGUCUCCAAAUCCCCUUUGCAAAGUGCAUACAUGCAACAGAUUUGAGGUCCAGCAUGCAGAUAUUGUCGAUAACAACAAGCAGACAUAUAAAUAUGGCGAAAUAGUCAGGUACUCAUGCCAGGAGGGCUAUGAUGGAGUAUUUACUCUGACCUGUAAGGAAAAUAACCGUUGGUCUGGGGAUCCAGGAUGCAGAGAGAAAGGUUGCACAGAAAUUGACAUCCCUCAUGCACUGAUUCGCGCCAAUGACAGAAGGAUCUACAAGCAUAAUGAGCAGGUGGGGUAUACAUGUGAGAAUGAUCCGAACAGAUCUUUCCGUGUUACCUGUAAUAAAGGUAACUGGACUGGGAUUCAGACCUGUCAAGAGAUCAAAUGUUCAGUACCAGAGAUUGAACAUAGUAAUGUAACUGGAGACAUCCUGGACUAUAAGAAAGAUGAAAUCCUUUAUUUUGAAUGCGAUAGGAGGUACAAAAAGCAGACUGACAGACCCUCUAAAUGUGUAAAGAUAGGAGCUACACCAGAGUUCAGUCCUACACCAGUGUGUGAGCCAACAACAUGUACACUGUCACUGAGUGGUGUCACAGGAACCAGAUACAACACUACCCAAAAUAUAUUUUUUCCUGACGAGACAGUUGGAGUCACGUGUAGUGAAUGGCACUGGAUUUCUACACCUCAGACCACUUCAAUAGUAUCUACAUGCACUGAGAGUGGAGAAUGGGAUAUCCUGCCUGUGUGCCAAGAGGCAACAUGCAGUGUUGAAGAGCCACUUGUGUAUCGUUGGAGCACCUUUUGGAGAGAAGUCAUAAGACUGGGUGAAACUAUACGUUAUUGGUGUCACAGAGGUUACAGGUCAACAUCUGCCGAGGCCAGAUGCACCAGAGAUGGAUGGUCUCCAAAUCCCCUUUGCAAAGACAGCUCUGUGGACGAGUCAGGACUCAUUAUCAAGUAUUUACCUUGUUGCCGUCUUCUUCUUUCCUUUUAGAUCCAUGACAAGUUCCUUUCUCAGGGCCCAAGCAGCUACCUAGGGUCGGCCAGUACCCUAUUGUUUCUGUAAUUUUUCCGUCAGAAGAAUCACUAGUUUGGGGGCUUUAACAUGCUCAGAGUUAGAGCAGUUAGACUUCAUAAAAUACUUCAGCUUUGCUCGCACCCACUCAGCUGUAUAAGCCUGGAAAGAAGCAAAUUUCAAUGUAAUUUUAUCACGAUUCAGGUGAACAAAGUCAGCGUAAAUAGCAUAAGGAUAUAGAUUUAUUAAAAGUAGAGCUGUCAAAAUUAACGCGUUAAUGCAGAUUAAUCCAUCAUCAUGAUUAAUCUGAUUAAAAAUUUUAACGCAGUUAACACAUCUACAGCGCAGAAUGAUUCAACAUCCCUGAAAUGUCCCUGGCAACGCAUUUUGGGCAGUUUGUCCAAGUAGGGUUACCGUCAAGCAUGCGCAAAUGGACCAUUGAUCCGGUAGUGACCAACCAACUCAAUAUGGAAGCCGCUAAACAGCACGUCGGCCCUCUCAAUGGAAAAUUUGAGUACCAAAAAAAAAAAAAAAAAAAAAAAAAAAAAAAACAAGACAGA